GGCCAGUGUGGAAAGAGUUUUAGCCUGUUAGGAAGCCUGAAAGCUCAUGAGCGAAUACACUCAGGAGAGAAGCCAUACCAUUGCGGCCAGUGUGGAAAUAGUUUUAACCAGUUAGGAAACAUGAAAAGACAUGGGAGGAUACACACAGGGGAGAAGCCAUACCACUGCUCCCAGUGUGGAAAGAGUUUUACGGCAUUAGUUAAGCUGGAAGCUCAUGAGCGAAUUCACACAGGGGAGAAGCCUUACUACUGUUCCAAUUGUGGAAAGAGCUUUAACCAUUUAGUUAACAUGAAAAGACAUGAGAGGAUACACACAGGAGCGAAGCCUCACCAUUGCUCCCAGUGUGGAAAGAGUUUUAAGCGGUUAGACACCCUCAAAGAUCAUUUGCGAAUACACACAGGGGAGAAGCCUUUCCGUUGCGCCCAGUGUGGAAAGAGUUUUAGCCGGUCAGGAAGCCUGAAAGAGCACGAGCGAAUUCACACAGGGAGAAAUCUUACCACUGAUCCC